AUUUGUUAUUUGUUAUUGUUUGGUUUUCUAUAUUAUAUAUUUUUUAUAUAAUAAAUAUUAUACAUAUAUUUUAUAUUAUUUAAAAAUGGCAAUUGAAUUUAUAUAUAUCUAUGAUUAUAUUACAUCAUUACUUAUUUCCAAUGCAUAUAAAAAACCUUAUAUUUGUAAAAGGUUAUUUCAAUCAAAAAAAUAUACUUCCAAUAAUAGAGAAAUAAUAAACUAUUGCUUGGUUUCAAAGUCAUGGUUUAAAUUGGUUUCGGGUAACCUUUCAAUAAUUUAUUCAAAAAGAAAUUGUGAAAUUUUUAAUAGAUUUUAUGAUUUAGAGGGAGAUAGACCAUCCAAGUUGGUAAGGAAUUUAAGAUUGUUUACCAAGUACAAUUCUCUUAUAGAAUAUAAAAUGGAUGCCAUUAAUGCCAUGAGUUACAAAAAGGUACUGAUUAACAUAGACAAUCAAGAUGACUCUAUAGAAGUGUUAAGGUAUAGAAAUUUAUACCCAGAAAACAUCAGUUUCAAUUUAUCUAUUUUUAUAGAUGAAGAUUCAGAAUUCUUUGACUACGAAUAUAAAGAUGGUGUCAGUUCAAUAAACAAAGUCAAGAUUACCGGUAUAGAUUAUAAUGAAUUUGGCUUAUUAGGAAAAAUAGUCGAUCUUAAACCAAAAAAGAUUAGUUAUGACCCAUAUUCAAAAUAUUAUGGUGGAGAUUCGUUGCACUGUAGCUAUUUAAAUCUUUUUCAAUCGAAUUCUUUAAAGCACAUCAAAGUAUUGUUCUCUGACCAUAUCGAGCCAUGUGAAAUUGCAAAAAUCAACAAUUUUACAACAAACCUCAAAACAUUGACCAUCCCAAUCCUAUACCAUGGUAUCAUUAAAUUCGUUAAUGAUGAGCCAAAGGAUUUAAAUAACUGCCAUGACCACGAAAGUUUCUUCAAUAUUGAAAAGAUUGAACAACAUUGGUUUAAAAUGGUAAAAACUUUGUCAAAUAAUUCAACAAUCAAAGAACUUGUUUUAACAAACUUCUGUUCAAAUUCCUAUUGUUGCUAUGACAAAAAAUUGGAUACCUCCUUCAUCACCUACGGUUUGGAUUCAAUUUUAACAAGUGAACACACAUCUAUUGAAACUCUUUCAUUGGAUGGAAUUGACUUUUAUGAUGUUCAUUUGUUUGACGCAUUAGCAAGAUCAAAGACUAUCAAAACACUAGUUCUCAAUGAAGUUGAUAUCCAUGCUGUUAUAAGAAACGUUUUAAUCAAAAAUAAAACUAUUAGAAACAUAGUAAUUGAAAAUAAAGAACUUUAUCUAGAUAUUAUAAAUUUAUUUUCCAAAUAUUCAUCAAUCAACCUAUACUCAUUAUCAAUCAAAACUUUUGAUCAAACAUAUAUUCCAUAUAUUCUUGAAAAUGUCCAAUUAUAUUCAGAAUUUUUUCCAUUCAAAGAGUUAAAUAUUUUUGUUGAAAGUUUCAAUUUAAAAAGUUUAAUACCAAAAAUCAAUUCACAAUCAAUCAAUGAUAAAAUCGUCAAUAUUUAUUAUUAUAAAAAAAACUAAAACAUCAAUAAUUAAUUUUACCCCUAAAGAUUUUGUAUUAAAAAAAUAAAAUGUAUUUUUAGGGUAAAAAGAAAACUUUUUUAUAAUAAUAUAAAUAAAAAAUAAUCAUUUAACCACUGUUACUAUUAAAAGAAUUGAAAGUUUCUGCAAAAAAUUCAAUAUUCACAAAUUAAUAAUUUCAAAAAAAUAAAAUUUCUUCAUUUUUAAAAUUU